AUGGAAGAUGUGAGCGGUGCCGUCAAGGCAUCCGAAAUGGUUGUGGCGGCCACACCUUCUGACCACCCCUAUCCAGCCAGUCGGUUAAGUAACCUCGGAGUCUGGCUCGGCAGGCGAUAUGAGCGGAUUGGAUCAGUGGACGAUCUCAACCGUGCUGUCGAUGUUGCUAGCAUGGCAGUAGAGGUUACACCUUCUGACCACCCUGAUCGAGCUGGUCGGUUGAGUGGUCUUGGAAACCUGUUCGGUAGGCGAUUUGAGCAGACUAGAUCAAUGGACGACCUCAACCGAGCUAUCGAGAUUACUAGUAUGGCAGUGGAGGCUACACCUCUUAACCACCCUGAUCGAGCUGGCAGGAUGAGUGGUCUCGCAAACCCAUUUGCCACCCGGUUUAAGUGGACUAGAGCGAUGGAAGACCUCAGCCAUGCCGUCGAGAUUGCUGAAAUGGCGGUGGCGGCCACGCCUUUUGAUCACCCUGAUUGA